AUGCCUAGAAUUGGGAAUGAUCCCAAUCUCAACAUUUGCCCGGACUACGCGAUUUUACCUUUCGCCGGGGCACGAGCCCGAAUAAUUUCGGAGCACAUCGACGAACACCAAGCGAUACAGAUUCUCAGAGACAUUUGGGAAGCUGCUAACGACAUUGAGAAAGCUCAGUGGCAAGAGCAAGUCGAAGCAGACAGGGAGCAACGUGAUAACCUUCGUCUUCAACAAGAGGAAAGAGAGGAUAGGCAGGAACAAGAACGUCUCGAAGAAGAGGAAGCAGCGCGCAAAGAAGAGAAAAGGAAGCUUAAACACAAGUAUGCGCCCAUCCAAGCUUCUGGAGUACCGGACAAACUCGCAAUUACUCCAUCGGCCUACGCGACUCGGAAACUUGACAAAGGAGAAUACGUGGAACUGUGGUAUUUUACUAAUGACGGUUUAGAUGACGCACAAACCAAGAAGACCGUCAUCAAAGAUGACGCCAUGGUUCUGUCUACUCUCCCAGACGGCUCAACAGCCUGGGUUUCAGCAGCAUCCUCUCGCAACGCUGCCUCCAUUGUAAACGACGAGGAUCUCAAUUUUGAGGACUUUUGCCAAGCCUGUCCCCGCUUCAUCACGGCCAUUGAGGAAGCAGACUGGCCGGUAGAUCGAGUCAGAAUGCUAGCGAUUUUCUGGAAAAAUCUUCAAGUCCAUGAAUACCGCUCUCUUCGAGACCCGAUAGCGCAGAAGACCUUACUAGCGUAUCAAGCUGAGCAGCGCAAGCGCUGGCAUGUCGUAGCCAAAUCGUCCGCAGGUCCUUAUGACCUCUCUGGCAUCAACACCAAGCUUCUCGAGCGGACUAGAGAGAGGGUGUACUGGCAGGAACGUUCGAAACGAGACAACCAGAGGGACUACAUGGUCAGUAACGUCGUUUUUCAUUUGAUUUCUUACACAAGCUAA